UAGAUAAUGAUUUGUGUUAUUCACAUUUAUAUUUUUCAAUUAUUAUAAAUCUGAAAACCCUCCUUUCUUCAACCUCUCUGCAACUCCUCCGUCGCCGGCGUCCACCGUCGCAUCCUCCACCACACACCGUUGCCGCUUUCGUCCCUGCUCCCAGCAACAAUCCUCCCAACCUCCCUCUAAUGGAGAUCCCUAACCAAAACAUCCCAAAUCAAACCUAAUUUCUUCCAAUAACACAUCUCUCUCGUAUAAAUUUCGACCUAAACCUGACAAGAAAUCAAGAAUUUUGAUUUCAAGGGUUUAAGCCACUGAGAGACUUUAAAAAUUUAACCAUAUCUGCUCUUGCUUCUAUCCAAGGUUAAGAUUGCUUUAUAGUUAUCGUAAGCUUUGACGGAUUUCAGCAACCUUGAUUUGUGGCUGAGAACUAGAAAUGGCAUCUAAAUCAAGACCUAGAACAAUAAGCGUGUAUCUUUACAUUCCCAACAUCAUUGGGUACAUAAGAGUUCUGCUGAACUGCUACGCCUUCGCGAUAUGCUUUACCAAUAAAGAGCUUUUUUCCAUCCUCUAUUUCAUCAGCUUUGUUUGUGAUGCUUUGGAUGGUUGGUUUGCUCGCAAGUUUAAUCAAGUUUCAACCUUUGGGGCUGUUCUGGACAUGGUCACAGAUAGGAUAAGCACUGCAUGUCUUCUGGUCAUUCUCUCUCAAGUCUACAGGCCCAGCUUUGUUUUCCUGUCGUUGCUUGCUUUGGAUAUUGGAAGCCAUUGGUUUCAAAUGUACAGUACUUUCUUGGUCGGCAAAUCUAAUCAUAAAGACGUGAAAGACAGCACCAGUUGGUUGUUUAGGUUAUAUUAUGGAAACAGGAUGUUUAUGGGAUACUGUUGCGUAGCUUGUGAGGUUCUUUACAUAAUGUUGUUUCUUCUAGCAAAGGAGUCGGAAAAGAUGACUGAUGUUUUGUUUGGCGCUGCAAAACAAAGUAUAAUAUAUUCUGCUUUGCUCGCUGUGCUUCUCUUUGGAUGGGCAACCAAACAACUAGUCAAUAUUAUACAGAUGAAGACAGCAGCAGAUUUAUGUGUGCUAUACGACAUCAACAAGAAGCACAAUGCCUAGUUAUUGAUUCUCAACGCGCUAUCCAUGACAAAUACAUGAGCUGUUUGAUGACCUUUAUAUAUAUAUAAAAUCUUAGAAGCUGUGAAGUUGUCAUUAUGCACCAUCAAAUGACACACUUGUUCUAUUUACAAAUACCGAUAGCAGAAGAGAGAAAUCUUUGACGGCAUUGUGUAUACUGUACUGCGUAACUUUCGUUCUUUUCAAACUGUUCCCGUUUUGUUCACAACAGACCAUCUUUUGUUGAUGGUUGAUCUUGAUUUCUUAUAUUCUCUACGCAACCUGUAUGUUUUUCAAUGAUCACGCAACCAGAAAGUUCAAAUCUUGAAAGACGGGAUUGUUCUUCA